AGCGUCCGACACUGCCCGGGUCGGGGCAACAGAGGCCAGGUUAGGUGGCGGAGGCCAGUGUCUGGCCCCGGGCAUUUAUCGUCCCAUGUUUCCGUCGCCUCAGGAAAUCCCGCGGCCGAGUGACGAAUGUGCGGCCGGAAGUGGGGGCUCAGUGACUCGGCAGGAGAAGAUGGCGUCCGUGUGGGACGAGGCUGAGCAAGAUGGAAUUGGGGAGGAAGUGCUCAAAAUGUCCACAGAGGAGAUCAUUCAGCGCACUCGUCUGUUGGACAGCGAGAUCAAGAUCAUGAAAAGUGAAGUGCUACGUGUGACGCACGAACUGCAGGCCAUGAAGGACAAGAUCAAGGAGAACAGCGAGAAGAUUAAAGUGAACAAGACUCUGCCCUACCUCGUCUCCAACGUCAUCGAGCUGCUGGAUGUUGAUCCCAAUGACCAAGAAGAAGAUGGCGCCAACAUUGACCUUGACUCCCAGAGAAAGGGCAAAUGUGCUGUGAUCAAAACCUCAACCCGACAGACCUAUUUCUUGCCAGUGAUCGGUUUGGUUGAUGCAGAGAAGCUGAAGCCCGGAGACCUGGUGGGAGUAAAUAAAGACUCCUACCUGAUCCUGGAGACCCUGCCCACUGAGUAUGAUUCCCGAGUGAAGGCCAUGGAAGUGGACGAGAGGCCCACGGAGCAGUACAGUGACAUCGGGGGGCUGGACAAACAGAUCCAAGAGCUGGUCGAGGCUAUCGUAUUGCCGAUGAACCACAAAGAGAAGUUUGAGAAUUUGGGGAUUCAGCCUCCGAAGGGAGUGUUGAUGUACGGACCCCCAGGGACUGGGAAAACCCUGCUGGCCCGAGCAUGUGCCGCACAGACCAAGGCCACCUUCCUGAAGCUGGCGGGGCCCCAGCUGGUACAGAUGUUCAUCGGGGACGGAGCCAAGCUGGUGCGGGACGCCUUUGCUUUGGCCAAAGAGAAAGCCCCCUCCAUCAUCUUCAUCGACGAGCUGGACGCCAUCGGAACCAAGCGCUUUGACAGCGAGAAGGCGGGGGACCGAGAAGUUCAGAGAACGAUGCUGGAGCUCCUGAACCAGCUGGACGGGUUCCAGCCCAACACCCAAGUCAAGGUGAUUGCUGCUACAAACAGGGUGGACAUCCUGGACCCCGCCUUGCUGCGCUCGGGUCGCCUGGACCGCAAGAUCGAGUUCCCGAUGCCCAACGAGGAAGCCAGAGCCAGGAUCAUGCAGAUCCACUCCCGGAAGAUGAACGUCAGCCCUGACGUCAACUACGAGGAGCUUGCGCGUUGCACCGAUGACUUCAACGGGGCCCAGUGCAAGGCGGUGUGCGUGGAAGCGGGGAUGAUCGCGCUUCGGCGGGGGGCCACGGAACUCACCCAUGAAGACUACAUGGAGGGCAUCCUGGAGGUGCAGGCCAAGAAGAAGGCCAAUCUGCAGUACUAUGCUUAGGGAGGCCGGGGGGAUCCCGGGCCCCAAACCCGGGCCCAGCUCAUCUGGCUCGUGGGCUGGCAACAGUAGCAACAAUAAAGGUGGUUAGGUUCUUUUCUCCCAA